UAUACGAUCUUUUGAAGAUACGUCUUUUUCGCUCCGUUCUAGCUAGCUAGCUAGUGUGGUGGUGGAAGAAGUCCUUUUAUUUUUUUGUACUUGUGCAUGUGGUGGAAGUUUGGUCCCCUCAAAUAAUGAACGAUCUAAUACAUGUUGGGAUGAAAUAUCAUAGUUUUGGCCUUGAAAUGUACGAGUGAUCAGCCUAUUGUUAAAAUGAAAUGGUAGCCAAAUAAAAAAUAAGAAGUGGUGCCUAACCAAAGCUCUCCCUCUCUCUAUUCUAUGUUUUAGCUAUCAUACGAUCUACCCCAUGGAUUCUUUGGGCUCGUUGGCCGACGCUUAUUUGCUUUGGUUCUUUGUGCAUGCAGCAACUUGACCUAAUAAUUUAACCAAACCAAUAAUGAAUCAAUCAACUGAGUGUGGAGUAUAUUCGUUUUGGUUGUUAGAUGUUUCAUACACAAAACGGUUUCUAAUACUUAUAAAACAGGUUGAGCUGGCUUAUAUUACUUCCGAGGAUCAGACAACUGACUUGCUGACCAAGACUGUUGCUACCUCACGUCACUGGUUCCUAGCUUACAAAUUGAUGUUGCGUAAGCAUCAUCAAUUUGGGGGAGGGUGUUAGAAGUAUUAAUGAGUUAAUUGUAAUUUGCCAUUGAUAUGGGGUUAUAAGGGUUAUAUUUCUGGGUUUGUACGGAGAUAGGGUUUGGGACGGCUAGCUUAAAUAGGUGAUGCUAGUCACGUUGUAACCUAAGGAUUCUCGGUGAAUACAAUUGACUCUGAGAGGUUGCUCCUCUCUGUGGAUUAGUCUCAACGAUAUACGUUGAGGAUACCACGUAAAUCUCGGUGUGUUCGUGUGAUUAUUCUUCGUUUGGAAUUUUGUUUAACACUUGUCAUAAUGAUGAAAGUGCUUAGUAGAAGUUCGGGUGCAUUUGAACAAUUGUACUUGAAAUCUUCAUCGGGCGAGUUGGGUAAAUUUCUAUAAUUACACAAUUAUCAAAUCUAUAAUUGGAACUCGAGAUUUAUAAGAUUAGAAUUCGAUAAGUAAUCAUUAUACCAACUUGAAUUCAAAACCUCACACCCCUCACCUUACCUACCACACUUCGUCGUGUUGAACUUUGGGCUGGACUACGGCUGGCGCGAUUGUGGGCUUCUUGAGUUUGUUUCCCAAAGAAAAAAAUCCAAAUUCCCAUCACGAGCCCAGCCCAAACAAAACUCUCCUGAUCCACACAUCCAUCUCAAAGUCGGUUAAACAAAAGGCCAGCCCAUCCCACGUCAAUAUCCCCGCAGCGCACGGAUAAUCGAUCUCAGCCGUCCACCUGUCAUCCAUCCGUGUACGAGGAGAGACGUUGGCGAAGCAGACAGGUUUCCUUUUCCGAAUUAAAUUUCGAUUAUCAUGAUUUUUAUUUAUUAUAUAAAGCAACCACCCUUGGACCCUUCCCUACCAUUAACGCGAGAUCCGUGUGUCACGAAAAGAAUAUAAAUUAUCAUUAAAACGAAGCUAUAACCCAAAAAGCUCUCAACAGAAGAAAAAAAAAAACUCAGAUUUGGAGCCCUUUUCAAUUCCAUUAUUAUCAGAUCUCGUCUUCUCCCCCGCUAAUUUGAAUUGGAAACUGAAUGAAAUUCAGCGGACGGAGACAAUAAUUCUGGAACUUGAAUCGUCUUUUUUUCCGAUCUGGUUCUCCUUUUUUUUGUUCCCCACCUGAAAAACCCUAGGGGAAUCGAGGUUUCUAGGGUUUGGUUGCCGGGAUCUGAUUUCUCUGCUGUUUAGUGUUUUGUUUUUUUUUUGAAUUGGUGUGAUGAAUGAUCAGGCGCAGCAGAUGAUGAUGGGCGGUGGUUCCGGCCGGGCGGGUCCGGUGAUGAACCCGCUUCCGGCGGGACCUCCGAUCAUGAGCCAGGCGCCUCCUCCGCCGGUGAUGGCGAUGACCAUGGGGCAGCCGGGUCAGCUGAUGAACCCGGUUCAGCCACAGAUGAUGAACCCUACCAACCAGCCUCCACAGCAGAUGCUGAGCCAUGGCCCAGCCAUGAGCCAGCAGCAGAUGAUGAUGAAGAAUCAGCAGAUGGGGUAUAAUCCAUGGCCGCAGCAGCAGCAGAAUCAGCUGCAUCCUGGGAAGUUCGGGUAUUUUGUGCCGCCGUCGAAGCCCAGAACGAGUAACAACAACUGGAAGGGUAAGAAUAAGGACAGAAGGAUGUCUAAUAACAAAUCCAACAACAACAACAAUGGCAACGUUAGUGGUGGCGGCAGCUUGACUGGUUCCGGUGGUGUUGCUGGAGGAGCGAGUUACAUACCGCCCAGUCUUAACGAGCUGCAAAACCAGAACUGGAUGAAAACUCAGAAGCACUAUCACCAUGGCAAGAAGAAGUAUAACAACCGUUAUGCUCCGUAUGCUCCUAGGAACAGUACGUCGUUCAUUAUCCGUGCUAAGAAGUCCGGUGGGAUUGCGUCGCUGGUGUCGCCUUGUCCUGUUACCCCUGCUGUUCUGCCAACGCCGGACAUUGAAAUUCACCCGAUGGAGGUGCUUGGUGAUGUGGCUAAGGAGGAAUGGGGAGUUGAUGGGUACGGAUCGAUGAAAGGUUUGAUUAGGUUGAGGUCGCCGGGUCAUGAGAUGGAGGUGAAUGAAGAUGACGAGGAAGAUGAUGGUAGUGGGUCGAGUGAGAGUGACGUGGAGGAACAUGUGGAGGUGGAGAGAAGGUUGGAUCAUGAUUUGAGUAGGUUUGAGAUGAUAUAUCCUAGUAAUGCUGGAGGGGAGUAUAGUUAUAAUAACCUUUUGGAGAACAGGGUAGAUGAUCAGGACACUCAUAUAGCACAGCUAGAGGAAGAGAACUUGACCUUGAAGGAGAGGCUGUUUCUGAUGGAGAGCGAGUUGGAUGAUUUGAGGAGGAGGAUGGAGUUUUUGGAGAGGCAGCAUCAUCAUCCUCACGGGCAGGGCAAUAAGGGUGGUAGAGUUAUGGAGGAAGUUAAUGAAGAAACUGUGGAGAAUAUCUCUGAGAAUGAUUUGAACGAGUCAGAAGGUCAUGGUGAGUCGGAUGAUGUUGCUGAUAACAAGGAGAUGCCGAGGAUGGAGCACCUCGAUGGAGGUAAAGAGCGCUCUAAUGACGAGACUAAUGUUAAUGAGAACAAUAGAGACGAUGUCAAGUCAGAGACCAAUGAUAUUUGUAUGUUGGAGUCUGGUGAUGAAGUUGUUGAAAAGAAAGAGGUAAAGUGUGAAGAGGGUAGGGAUCCUUUGGCGACAGAUGCAUUAGUAUCUAACAAGGAAGAACCCAGGGAUAACGUGAUGCCAGAAGAGGUAACUGCAUUGGGUGGAAAUUGUGGCGUGAAGGACAUCUUAGAGGACAAAGUAGAUGGUGGAUCAGGAUAAGUGCAGGUAUAAGAGAGUGUUCCCUUUGAGAAGAGCAUUUGGCGCUGGGUGACUAAUCUCUAAUUAAUUAAUCGACCCGCGUUAAUGUUAGUCUCUUCCGACUUACAUAGGCAGAGUGUUUUACUCUGCGAUUUGCACAAUGGAUAGGGGGUUUGUACAUGGUUCUUUUCGCUUGUUUUUGCUGGUCCAGGAAGAAGUCUGAAGAAUUCUGCAUAUGCUGUUUUUCAUGACACUCCCUCUUAGCUUUCACUUUAUCCUGGAGUAGGGUUUUAGCUAUUACUCUUUUAGCUGUAGUAGUACUUCACUACUUUCGUUGGGAUUAUGAAAUGUAUGAUUGUUAAAGCUUAGACAGUCCCUUCUUAAGCCAUAUGGUCUAUAUUUUGUUCCAAGUUUGUGUAGAAUGUUGGAUUAUGGAACUAUGUCUCUGACUCUGUUUAUGUACUAGUUCUUUUAUCAUAUUAUUAAUUAUGUGGGUUUGUUUUUCGAAAUCUUCCACCAGAGCUGCGGUUCAGCGUCCUGGAGGUUUGUUUUACCAUGUAGCUGGAGGUCUGUGUUUCAUCUCAUGUGAAUGGAGAUGUUCUUGUAUUGAUGUUUUACUUGUGGGUUUAAGGUUGAUUGUUACUGUGCUUCAAGAUUGUGAAGCCUAAUUGAUGGUUCUGAAUUGCAUGUUGAUGAACAUCAAUAAGUUCUUUCUUGUGUUUAGGCGGUUCAAUUGAGUAGAGGACAUGAAUGAUUGAGCAUGUUUCUGUCCCCUGUUAUCAUCCACGUCUUGCUGGAGAACAACUCUGAUCUGUGACGAUUUCGCCUCUGGAGCUUCAGUCUGGUCUCUGGUGGAUGUUUAUGCUCUGGAUCUGAUGAAGAGGCUCUUGGUUUGGGGCUUUUUGAUGUCAGUUACUCAUUUCCAGAUAGCGAAAUCGGCACAGCGAGGCAUUCGAGUACCCUAUUUGAGGCUCCUCAUCCUGAUUGUACGAGGUAAUCAAAACACUACCUGCUGGUUCCAUUCAAGCUCUGCGUGUGAUUUGCUCUGUUUAUUUGCAUUCCAGGCUCUCGGCAGAUCCUGACCUGGCCAUAUUACACGACCAGUGAAGUGAGCUUAGCUGGUUCUGUGAAACUUGCUCUCUGACCAGAGUGAAGAUGAAGGCCACUUGACGAGGACACAAUAUGGCGCAGAACUCGGCCAUAAACUUGACCAGCAUAGUGGCUGGAUUCUUUGCUGGAUCAUGGAAGUCAUUUUUUUGGGCUGCGGAUUGUUUUCCUUGGAUCGGCCCGCGAAAAUAUAUAUGGGCUCAAGUGAUAAUUCUAGGGGUGGAAAUCGGUAUGGUAUCGGUAUACCAAUAAUCAAAUACCAAAAUGCCGAAUACUGAAUCAUACUCUAAAACCAAUCUCAGUUCCUAAAUAAUUUUGGUAUUCCAAUUCCAAUCCCUAAAUAUUUCGGUAUUCCAAUUUGGUAAUUGGUAUUAUGGGAUACAAAAUUAAUUAUUGAUGUUAUUAAUAAUUAAAUAUAUAAAUUAGAUUUGACGUUUAAUUUAGGACAAGAGACUAAAUAAAGAAUUCUGAGUUUGUUUAGAGCUAGGAUAUAGAUAAGGAGAAUGGAGGGGGAGAGGUGAUAUUUCAAAUUCUUGUCAUGGGUUUCUUUAAUUUUAUGAAUUGGAGGCUAAGAGACGACUAAUACUAGUAUUUGCUUUUGCUGUUAUGAAAAUAAUAAGAGAUCAGGUGAGAGAUGAGAAUGACAUAAACAAGAAAGUAAAAAUUGAGUUAGAUGAGAGAUUCUAAGUUGUGAAAGUGAGAGAUGAGAAUGACAUAAAUAGGAAAGUAAAAAUUGAGUUGGAUGAGAGAUUGUAAGUUGUGAAAGAGAGAGCAAUGAUCAAAGGUUGUUUGCUAUAUUUUUUUUUAUAGUAUUUAACAGUGGUAAGUUGCUCUUGCAACUUGUGGAAAUUGUACGAUGACGAUAAGUAACUAACAAAUGCACGUAAACCAUCUAAAAACAUACUUUUUUAUCAGCUAACAGUUAAGGGGACAGUUGAAACAAUCACGUUCCUUCUAAACAAACUUUUGUACUUUGAACAACCAUAUAUGUCACUAAAAUACUAUUCUUUCUUCUACAUCUUGAAAAUUUGGUUUGAUCCACGAACUACAUUAGAAGUAAGGAUUUAUUUUAUAAGGGCGAGCAUUUGAAGUAAGAAUUUUUUUUGAAUGACAUCAACCAAUUUGCUCUAAUUCAUAAAAAGGUCGAAAUUCACCAUAUCCAAGCUUGUAUGAAUUUGUGAAGCUACUUUCUAAGCUGUUCAUGCAUUCUUACUUAAAAAAAGUGAAGCUUCAUG